AUGUUUACACCAAUUGAUCAAGCUGUAGAACACUUUAAGCAGAAUAAGUUCGUAAUUGUUAUGGACGAUGCCGGUCGUGAAAACGAAGGUGACCUUAUUUGCGCUGCUGAAAAUAUCAGUACCGAGCAGAUGGCCUUCCUCGUACGCCACUCUUCAGGCUACGUCUGUGCUCCCAUGACGAAUACCAUUGCUGAUAAACUGGACCUCCCACUACUAAGAACAGGCAUGAAGUUCGAAUCCAAUGACGACGACAGGCAUGGAACUGCAUACACAAUAACAGUAGAUGUAGCCCAGGGUACCACCACAGGUAUUUCCGCUUAUGACAGGUCGUUGACUUGUAAGGCCCUUGCGGACUCUUCCUCUACGCCAAAAUCUUUUUUAAAACCAGGGCACAUCUGUCCCUUGAGAGCCGCUGAUGGCGGUGUUUUACAGAGAAGAGGCCACACUGAGGCCGGUGUCGAUCUGUGUAAACUAAGCGCACUAAGCCCGGUGGCUGUUAUUGGUGAAUUGGUCAAUGACGACGAACAGGGAACGAUGAUGAGACUAAAAGACUGUCAAGCAUUUGGUAAGAAACAUGGCAUUCCUUUGAUUUCCAUCGAAGAAUUGGCCCAAUAUUUGAAGAAAUAA